AUGGAUCCACAACAGCGGAUGCUGCUAGAGUCUACAUAUCAUGCCCUAGAGAAUUCGGGUAUCCCACUAGAACAGGCGAUUGGGACCAACACAUCGGUUUUCGUCGGCCAAUGCGGAGAAGACUUUGCCGCUAUGUGUAACUCAGAUAUGGAAUUGGCGCCUACAUAUAAAGAAACUGGAGUGGAAAGAUCAAUUCGGGCAAAUCGUGUCAGUUGGUUUUACGAUUUCAAAGGCGCCAGCUAUGUCGUUGACACCGCCUGCUCCAGUAGUCUUGUGGCUCUGUAUACUGGGUGCCAGGAUCUACUUUUACAUGACUCUGAAAUGGCAGUCGUCAGUGGAAUCACCUUAAUCGACCAUCCAUCUCAGUUUAUGGGACUGGACAAGUUAGGCGCUAUAGGUUCGGAUGGAUAUUGCUACACCUUUGAUUCAAGGGCAAACGGCUAUGCACGGGGUGAGGGCGUGGGUACAGUACUCUUGAAACGACUUUCAGAUGCGGUCCGCGACGGGAAUACUAUAAGAGCUGUCAUUCGAGCAUCUAGUGCAAGCUCAAAUGGAAGGACGCCUGGAAUUUUCAAUCCCUCAUCCGACGCACAGGAAGCUCUCAUCCACUCUACAUAUAAUAAAGCAGGGUUGGAUCCCGCUCUCACAAGCUUUGUUGAAGCUCAUGGUACCGGAACGAAAGCAGGUGAUGCAACUGAAGUCAAGGCCUUAUCCAGUGCUUUUGAAACCGCAAAGAGAGAUGCGCCUCUUAUUAUCGGUGCAGUAAAGACGAUACUGGGUCACACCGAAGGUGCAGCAGGAAUCCUUAGCGUUAUCAAGGUGGUUAAAAUGCUGGAGACGGGAAUAAUACCGAGGAAUCAUAACUUCAUCAAAGCCAAUCCAGAUAUUAACGUCGAGAAACUAAACAUUCGAUUUCCUCUUCAGACAAUGAAGUGGCCGUCUAAUGGUAUUCGUCGAGCAUCAAUAAACUCUUUUGGAUUCGGAGGUGCAAAUGCACAUGCAGUGAUUGAUGACACGUUGUCUUAUAUUACCGAACACAAUCUCCAUGCAAUUCAUCAAACAGUACGUUUAGAAGGAAAUCAAAGUAUAGACGAUGAGAACGGCUUAGUUCAAAUGAGAAAUGGGCUGAACGGCCACAUGAAGCCUCAAAAAAGUGACCACAUGUUUACUCAAUCGAACGGCCAUUCAGACAAUCAAUCAAACGAAAUUUCAAGUGAGAAAAAGCCAAGUACUUUUGAAGCGAAUUAUUCCACUAAGAAGCGCCUAUUUGUCUUCUCCACUUUCGAUAAAAAGGGCCUUUCAAGAACUGCGGAGAAUUACCGAGAAUGGCUACAGAACACUUUGCUCCAGAAGUCGCAAGACCCUGGGUGCUUUAGCCGGCUGGCUUUUACUUUGAGUCACCACCGGUCCAAGUUUGAUUGGCGGAGCUAUAUUGCUGCUGGCAGCCUCGAAGAAUUUCUGGAAAAUAUGUCGUCUCUCGCUGCGUUACCCACAAAGAAGCAACCGCCUAACUUAGCGCUUAUCUUCACUGGACAAGGAGCCCAGUGGGACGGUAUGGUCGGAGCUCUCAGUCAGUUCACUACAUAUAGAAGGAGCAUUGAGGACGCUGCUGCGUACUUUACCGAGUUAGGAUCUUCGUGGAAUUUGACUGAGUUGUUGGAUUAUCGAGUAACACUGGAUCGAGACGACUUGGCUCUCAAUCUCCCUUUGGUUACAGUCCUUCAAGUCGCGGUAGUGGACCUGAUUUACAGCUGGGGUAUCAAGCCACGAUGUGUUAUCGGACAUUCAUCGGGUGAGGUGGCCGCUGCCUAUGCAUCUGGUAAAAUUGGAAGAAAGGCAGCCUGGAAGACAGCUUAUUUCCGAGGUGUCGUGGCCGCAAAAUUGUCUGGCCAAGACGGUGGGAUGCUAGCUGUGGCACUAUCACCUGAGAGAGCCAAAGAAUACAUAAAAGACUAUGAAAAUGCUGGAAAGUUAACUAUCGCAUGUUACAACUCGCCAUCAAAUCAGACCAUUUCCGGAGAUGUGGGUGCCAUUGAUGCUCUCAAGGCCACCUUGGACGAAGAAAAGAUUUUUGCUCGAAAGUUGAACGUAUCUAAUGCCUACCAUUCCUCUCACAUGGUUGCCGGAGCAGAGGAGUAUACUAGUCUCCUUGGCAAUCUUCAUGGCGAGGACAAACUCACAGGAUGGUCUGACGUUGAGAUGAUCUCGACCGUCACCUGUUCAACUGUUUCUUCCAAGCAGUUGGAACUGCCAUCCUAUUGGACCAACAACCUGGUGUCUCCCGUACGGUUCACAUCUGCCCUCUUAAAAAUGUGUAACGAAAGUGGCAUCGCUUUCGAUGAUUUGAUUGAAAUUGGCCCACAUUCUACCAUGCAAAGCGCCGUCAAUGAAACCCUUCAGGAUACUCUAUCCGCUGAAAGUUCCUAUCAUGCAACGGUCAAACGAAGAAACCCGAGCGCGGGGCCAAUCAUUGAAACAGCUGGUGCUCUGUGGUGUAGAGGAUAUCAUAUCUGUCUAGACGUGGUAAACGAAAUCGAGCCGAAUUCGACACGUAUGCUCUCUGAUCUUCCUCAGUACAAGUUCAACCAUGAGUCAAAUUUUUUGCUUGAGAGUCGCUUGAGCUCUAAUUAUCGCUACCGUCAAUUUCCUCGCAUGGAUCUCAUAGGAGCACCGGUGCCUGAUUGGGACUUCGAGCAUCCUAAAUGGAGACAAUUUUUCCGUGUCAAAGAGAUUCCGUGGAUUAUGGAGCACAAGAUCACUGGGCAAAUUGUAUGUGCUGGUGCGGGAUGGGUGGUCAUGGCAAUCGAAGGUGCGAAGCAACUUGCAGACCCAGGUCUCAAAGUGACAGGAUUCCGUCUUCGCGACGUAGCACUCAAAUCAACAUUGAUCAUUCCUGAAACGGACGAAGGCGUUGAGGUAGUGAUGAGUAUGCAAUGGAUGCCGGAAAGUAGUGAGACUGUCUCUAAGAUUUGGAGAGAAUUUACCAUCACGUCACACGAUCAAGAAUCGAACACAUGGCGUGUGCAUGCGAAGGGUUUGAUAUCUAUCGAAUAUGAGCAGUCUAACAGGAGUAUCGACAAGGAGGAUAAAAUGCACGCAGAGGACACCUCAGCGAAACGACUUUUAGCUCAGGUAACGGAGAAUUCCAAAACACGCAUGGAUUCGGAUUGGGUCUACGGCAUGUUCAGAUCAGCCGGUUUUGACUUCAAAGCGCGGUAUAAGAACUUGAGCGACAUUUCAAUAAGUGAAGGGCCGGAUUGCUAUGAUGUGCUUGGAGUGGUGCGAAAUCCAGACUUGACUUCAGUAACUGCCGCAGGAUAUGUAUAUCCCCAUACAUACCAUACUGUUGCGUUAGACUCGGUAAUUCACAUGGGGUUGCCGACAAUCUUGGCCAGGCUCGGAAAUGGCAUUGUUCCAUCACCCACAAUCCCAGGCUGGUUCGACGAAGUAUGGAUCUCUUCAAACAUUAGUAGCCGUGCAGGUGACGCGCUUAAAUUGUGCAUGCAUCAGUACAACGAUUUCUGGCAUGGCUUGAGAAAUGAUAUCAUUGGCUUCGACGAACAUAACUCUGAACGACAACUGCAUAUUAAAGGUCUGAAAUAUCAUACUGUUCCCGGUCGUCAGUUAUCCUCUGCCCUAGAGCCUUGUCACAAAAUCGCGUGGGAACCAGUUGUGAACCUCGUACAAUCCACUGAUCUGGAAUUGACGAAAAUGGCUACGAGACUGCUCGUUGUCAGAAUCUCGGAGACCAAUCAGUCUAGGUUCUGCCAGCUGCUUGCCAAAGUUUUCACUGAAGAAGCAGGUACGGAUCACUGCGAGAUAACGGCACUGGACAGUAUCAAGCAAUUCGAUCUAUCUGGUCUCACUUGCAUUGUGUUAUCUGACGGAGAAACCGCGUCUUUGACUGAGCCGGAUGAGAAGACGUUCGACAACUUGAAGUACAUUGUCACGGUGUCUCCUCGUAUUUUCUGGGUUUCUUCAGACUCUUCUAGGCCACAAUGGGCCAUUGCUAGCGGACUUUUGAGAACGGCAAGGUGGGAGAAAGGGGGUCCAGAUACCGACUUCACAAUUCUGAACAUUGUGCGGACCGCAAAUGAUGAGCUCGAUAGUACGCACGCGGAAAGAGUAUUUAACUAUCACUUCUCCAGUGGUAGAGCUCUCCGUAAUGCCGACUACGAACUUCGCAGUGGUACAAUAUGGUCAAAUCGGGUAUCCGAGUUUGAGGAAGUUAAUGACUUCCGCCAAAAACACACAUUUCCUGGUAGCCAAAUAACUCUAGCUCCAUUUAGAGGUAAUGCGAAGCGUGGUUUGAAGCUUAAAGCUCAAACUCCAGGGCGACUGGAAACGCUCCAUUUUGUGGACGACAUAGACGCUACCAAGCCUCUUGCACCCGAUGAAGUUGAAGUGAAGGUCGCUGCAGCCGGUUUAAAUUUCCGAGACGUUGUUGUCGGCCUCGGCGAACAGGCCGAGGAUGUCUAUGGCAUCGAAGGGGCAGGUUGGAUCACUGAAAUUGGCUCUGGUGUGACAGGAAUCAAGGUUGGUGACAGGGUUGCUGGUGUUUGGAGCAGAGAAAGAGGUUAUAUGAGAUCAUCUUGCAAGGUACAUCAUGCGCUAGUAACGAAGAUUCCCGACGACAUGUCAUUUGAAGCAGCAGCCGCCAUCCCCAUGAAUCUCAUUACGGCUAUCUAUUCUCUCCGUGAACUGGCACAUCUCACUUCUGGUGAAAAAGUUCUUAUUCAUAGUGGUGCUGGAGGAACCGGCCAAGCUGCGAUUCAAUACGCAAAAAUGGUCGGUGCUGAAGUAUUUACCACAGUGUCAACCGAAGAAAAAAGGCAGCAUAUUGUUGAGAACUACGGCAUUCCAGCGAGUCAUAUAUUCUCAAGUCGAACAUUGGAUUUUGACACUCUAAUCAUGGAAGCUACUGGUGGCCGGGGAGUCGAUGUGGUUCUUAAUUCUCUAGCGGGUGAAGCAUUACGCAGGUCAUUAGAUUGUGUGGCACCACUCGGCAGAUUCGUUGAACUUGGCAAGAAAGAUAUUUAUUCCAACGGCCGCCUGCAUAUGAAAGCCCUUAAAAAGAGCAUCGCAUUCUUCUCCGUGGAUAUACUGACACUAUUCAAGUAUCGUGAGACCUAUUCAGGCAAGCUCCUAGAAGAAGCCAUCGACAUGCAUGAGAAGGGAAUUGUUAAACUUCCCCCUGUAAUGGAAGUAUACAGCUUCUCGGACAUGUUACCAGCCUUCCGCAAACUGCAGGCAGGAAACAUGAUGGGAAAGAUAGUCCUUGCGGCUUCAAGCAGUGAUAUGGUCCCAGAUAAAUCCAUCCUAAACAUGAAUCACGAAGAAUGGAUAGCGGCAAUUCGCCCCAAGGUAAAUGGGUCCUGGAAUUUGCAUAAUUUGCUGCCACAUGACCUUGACUUCUUUGUCAUGCUCUCUUCAAUCACCGGCGUCGUUGGCAACCACGGACAAGCUAAUUACGCAGCCGGUAAUACAUUCCAAGAUGAGCUUGCUCGUUACCGAGUCUCUCAAGGGUUGCGAGCAACAAGUCUGGAUCUCAGUGCAAUAUCUGGAGUGGGUUGGAUUGCUGAACACUCUAACAUCGAUUCACUUUUGAGAGGAGCCGCCAUUCAACAAUUGAAAGAAGAAGACAUUUUCACAGUCUUGCAAUAUGCCUGCAAUCCUGCCAACUCAGUCAUCGAGAAGGAAAAUGACGUUAGCGGUCGCAUUAUGAUAGACAGAAGCCAGAUCAUCGUCGGCAUGGACAAUGCAGCUGCGAUUCGUCGCAAAGGAAUGGCCAAGCCUGCAUAUCUAGAUCAUGCAUUGUUUUCAAGCAUUCUCGAAGAAUACAACGCAAUUGGUGACACUGCUACAAGCGACAACGAGCACGGAGCAAGUCUCGCGAGUAAACUCUCUGCCUGCAGUUCCAUUGCCGCCGCAACCGAACUAAUCAUAGAAGCCAUCAAGCAAAAGCUUUCAAAUCUCAUCUCGACACAUGCGGAGGAUAUUGAUGACAAGAAGACUUUCAGCAGCUAUGGGGUCGACUCGUUGGUGGCCGUCGAAUUCCGCUCGUGGUUGGGUGCAGAAGUCGCCUCCGAUAUUGCGGUGUUGGAGAUUAUUGGGUCCAGAAGUAUCAGAACGAACGCGAUUAAAGUUGCCACCACAAGCAGUUUCGUAAACGUGCAAGAAGCUACAGAGAGUUAG